GUGGUCAUAUCCAAGCAUACCGAUCCAUUUCUCACCAUUUGUUCAGGCCUCAGCUUUAGCUCAUAUCUCAUUCACCUUGCACAGGUCGCUCCAAAUGCGACCCGCCAUGCUAUCCUCUGCUCUUCCUCUACCACUCUCCACCCCCUCCAUCCCCCACACUCACCAUCUUAACCAAUCUUCCUUCUCACCGACAUCAGCCUCUCAAAUUCAACAAUUGUGUUACGAAGACUACUCUAAUCUCCACAACUCGCUCGACCCACCGAACCAGCCCCGAACCAUUCGGUACCGCCUCAGCCAAUUGUGCCGGGACGGCCAGCCCCACCUUGCCCGCCAACUGUUCGACGCAAUUCCGAAGCCAAAAACAGUCAUUUGGAACACAAUCAUAAUCGGGUUUGUCUGCAAUGGCUUGCCCCACGAAGCCCUGUUGUUCUAUUCCCGCAUGAGGUCAAACCCAGAUACAGAAUGCGAUUUCUACACUUACUCUGCCGUUCUCAAAGCUUGUGCCGAGACCCGGCAGCUUAAGAUAGGUAAAGCUGUGCAUUGCCACGUGCUACGUUCUCAUUUAUCUCCCAGUAGAAUUGUCGGCAAUUCGCUCUUGAACAUGUACUCCACAUGUUUGAGCUCAAUGGACAAUGAAAUGGGUUUGGAUUAUUGUGAAAAUGAUUUAGUGAGUAGAGUGUUCGAUACAAUGCGUAAACGAGAUGUAAUUGCUUGGAAUACUAUGAUUUCCUGGUACGUGAGAACGAAAAGAUUUAUAGAAGCAUUUAGGCAUUUUUGGUUGAUGAUGAAAAUGGGAAUACGAUUGACGGCCGUGACUUUUGUCAAUGUCUUCCCUGCUGUUUCAGCUAUGGGUAACAUUAGGAGGGCGAAUGUGCUGUAUGGUUUGCUUCUUAAAUUGGGAAGUGAAUUUGCUAACGAUCAGUUUGCAUUGAGUUCGGCAAUUUUCAUGUAUGCCGAGCUUGGUUGUCUUGAAUUUGCUAGGAAGAUCUUUGACCACAGUUCUGAUAGAAAUACAGAGGUGUGGAAUACUAUGAUUGGUGGAUAUGUUCAGAACAAUAGUCCAGUUGAAGCACUUCCUGUUUUUCUUGAAGCUCUAGAGUCAGAAGACACUGUUCUUGACGAUGUGACUUUUCUGUCAGCUUUAACUGCAGCUUCACAGUUACAAUGCUUAGAUUUUGCUCAACAGCUCCAUGCAUAUUUAAUUAAGAAUUCAUCAGUGUCACGUGUGAUCAUACUAAAUGCAAUAGUUGCCCUGUAUUCUAGGUGCAGUUUGGUAGAGAUGUCCUUCAAAGUUUUUAGUAGAAUGAGUGAAAGAGAUACUGUUUCUUGGAAUACCAUGGUUUCAGCGUUUGUGCAGAAUGGGUUUGAUGAUGAAGGGCUGAUGCUUGUAUAUGAGAUGAAGAAGCAAGGUUUCAAGGCUGAUUCUGCAACUGUAACUGCCCUGCUUUCAGCGGCAUCAAAUAUCAGGAACCAGGAAAUUGGAAAACAAACCCAUGGUUACAUUAUUCGGAACAAAAUUCACUCUGAAGGAAUGGAAAGUUAUCUUAUAGACAUGUAUGCUAAAUGUGGUCUGAUUGAGGCUGCUCAAAGACUAUUUGGAAAUUACUGCAUGCAUGGUAGAGAUCAGGCCACAUGGAAUGCCAUGAUUGCUGGGAAUACACAAAAUGGGCUAAUUGGGCAGGCUUUCAACAUCUUUAGGCAGAUGCACAAACAGAAUGUAACACCUAAUGCCGUAACCUUAGCAUCGAUUCUCCCUGCCUGCCAUCCAGUGGGAAGUAUGACUAUAGGCAAGCAACUGCAUGGCUUUGCCAUUCGCAACUGGGUACACCAGAAUAUCUUUGUUAGCUCUGCUCUGGUAGACAUGUACUCUAAAUCAGGUGCAAUAGCUUAUGCAGAAAACGUGUUUUGCAUGUCCCCUGAGAAAAAUUCAGUUACAUACACCAACAUGAUAUUGGGCUAUGGUCAACAUGGGAUUGGUGAAAAAGCUGUAUCCCUCUUCCACUCAAUGAAAGAAUCUGGUAUUAAACCCGAUGCUGUUACCUUUGUUGCUGUCUUGUCUGCUUGCAGUUAUGCUGGCUUGGUUGAUGAAGGCCUUCGAAUAUUUGAGUCAAUGGAGAAAGAACAUGGGAUUGGGCCCUCACUUGAGCACUAUUGUUGUAUUGCAGACAUGUUGGGGAGAGUUGGGAGGGUAGUUGAGGCUUAUGAGUUUGCUAAAGAAUUGGGUGAAGAGGAUAACAUGGGAAUUUGGGGAUCCCUUCUUGCAGCCUGCAGAAUUCAUGGAGAAUUUGAAUUGGGAAAAGUUAUUGCCAAUAAGUUGCUUCAGAUGGAGAGGGGAAAGAGCAUGACAGGUUAUCAUGUUUUGCUGUCAAAUAUAUAUGCAGAGGAAGGGAACUGGGAGCAUGUUAACAGACUGAGAAAAGGGAUGCGAGAGAAGGGCUUGACAAAGGAUAUUGGCUGCAGUUGGAUUGAUAUUGCUGGUCAUGUAAACUGUUUUGUGUGUAGAGAUCAAAAUCAUCCUCAAUGCAAUGAAAUUUAUGAAACAUUGGAAGACUUGGCUGUGAAGAUGAAAGAUGCUGGUUAUAGGCCUUCUUUUAAUUACAACAUAGGCUGGAGUUCUGACUUUGAGGAAUAAAUAGCAGUUGAUUUUUUGUUCAGAUGGCUUAUGGAUAUACAAUUGAGAGACUAAUCAGACCAUGUCAUGAAGCCUUGGCUGAGUGGUGCUUCGGCUGUGUGAUCUGAUAUAAACUGGAUUAUUUGAUGACAGGAUGAAGGCUUGGCUGAGUGGUGCUUGCUUUAAUUGUUUGUCCAACAUGAUAUUUAUUGCCUUACUGAAAGCCUAUAUAUCUGGUUUUGGAGAGAAAAAAAAAUAAAAGGAGUCUGUAGACCUCACUUCUGUUGGUUUCUGGGAUUGAACUUCUGGACCACAUUGGUAUUAGUUGCCACUGGAUGCUAUGUAAUACCGUACAUAGCUAAACAAUUAUGCUUCAUUGAUGUGGAUGUCCUUUUAUUAAAUUUGGAGCAAUGGGGUGUGAGCUAAUCUGAACUCUCUUGAAGCACCUGAGUCAAACUCAAAGAAGUGUAUUCCCAUCUUGUCAGUUGCUUGUUCGUACAAUUUCAAAUUGCAAUUAAAUAAAGCAGGCAUCAAGACCGAGGAAGAGUUAGCCGUUUGUUAGAUGUCUUGCUGGCAACAAAGAUACAGCUGAUAUUAUACAACUGGGUAUACAUGUGAAAUUAUACUUCAAUUGUCAGUUAUGUUUAAGAUAUAGCCAUGGGGCCAUUGUGUUGAUAUAUCUUUGAUUUGGUCAACUUUAGAGUGUCAAACAUGCUAAGAUAUGCAUCCAUGGGCUUGCACGAGUAAACAGCUAAUCGGAUAGAUAUGGUUUGACAAAGGCCCAAUAUAUUGUGGAUACAUGUGUACAGAAGGUGCAAAAGGCUCAAUAAAAUGAUCAGAAAGCACUUCAAUUUUUGUCUUGAAAAUUGAUAAUAAUCCUCUA